AUGACCGAUAAAUUAACUUUUUUUAUUACUGUAAUUAAAUCAACCAACGAACUGGUUAUUCAAGAAGGAAAUCUAGUUAAUAUUAGGAUACCAAAGCACUGGCAAAAACCUGAUUCUAAUGUUGCUAAUCCUGCCUUUGAAUUAGUUAUUAAAAAGCACGGAGUCAUUUAUCGAGGAAAACUUGAUCCUAGUGGUUUUAAUGAGAAAGAAGAAUUUUAUCGUUGCGAGUUGUUUCGAGAAGAAACGCAAGGAACCAGUUGA